AUGCCCUCCUACUCCUCUUAUCUGGGAGCCUUGGGAGUCCUCGCGACUUGCUUGACGCUGGGCGAAUCUCAGCCAACGUGGAAUCUUGGAAAUGAAUUCCGCCUCAACCACUCCGAGUCGAACCAGAUCUCGAUUUCCCAGCACAACAAGACCAUCUUCUCCUCUGUCGCCGGCCAUAACUUCCUCAGUGCCAGUUCUGGAAAAGACAACUUCGUUGGCUCGGACGGAAACUUCAACAUCACCAACGUCGAUCGGAAUCGUUGUCGCGGCCAGAAUGUCACCCAUAUCGCCCAUUCCCCUCGUCAGGAUAGUCAUACUGGUCGUGAUGUGUCGGUUAGUGGAUAUCUGUUGGACUGUGGACAUCAAUCGGUUGGCUACAGUGUGAGCUUCUGGGUGCCAAAAGAGCUACCUGAUCGUGUCGAGUUCGAUAUAACUGUCCGACCUGGCAACGAGCGCGCUCCGCUUGAAAGGGUGUACUUCAAGUUCGCAUCCGAUGCAUCCGAGGACUUUUACGGAAUGGGUGCGCAAGCAUCUUUCGCGUCCAUGAAGAACCAAACCAUCCCAAUCUUCUCUCGCGAGCAAGGAGUCGGUCGAGGCGACCAGCCAUACACUGCUAUCGAGAACUCUCAGGGCUACUUUAGCGGUGGCGACAGAUUCACUACCUAUACUGCAAUCCCCCAGUACAUCACCACAUCCGGAAAUGUCUUCUAUCUUGGAGAGAAAGACACUGCAUAUGCGUCCUUUGACUUCACACACCCUGCUGCGGUGACGGUUCGAUACGAUGCCCUCACUGUCAGCGGACAGUUUAUGCAGGCAAAGUCGAUGUUGGGCGCGAUUACAAUGCUCACAGAUUAUACUGGAAAGAUGCCUGCUCUUCCCGAGUGGGUGGACAAUGGUGCUAUCUUGGGUAUUCAAGGAGGACAGGACAAGGUGAAGAAGAUUGUUGAUCAGGGACUGAAGCAGAACUGUCCCGUCGCUGGUGUCUGGCUUCAGGAUUGGUCUGGUACUCAUUCCCAGGAAGCUCCUUACGGAAACAUUGAAAUCUCUCGUCUCUGGUGGAACUGGGAAAACGAUCGUGAACUGUAUCCCACAUGGGCCGAAUUCGUCCAAGACCUCCGUCAAGAGCAGGGAGUCCGGACCCUCGCCUAUAUCAACCCCUUCAUCGCCAACGUCAGCACCAAGGAAGAUGGAUACCGCCGUAACCUUUACCUCGAAGCCACCAAGGGCCAUUACAUGGUCCAGAACUCUACAACCAAUACUACUGCUGUUAUCUCUAGUGGUAAGGGAAUUGAAGCCGGUAUCCUCGACCUUACCAACUCGAAAACCCGAUCCUGGUUUGCGGCCGUACUGCGCGAUCAGGUGUGGAAUGCCAACAUCUCCGGUGUGAUGUGGGACUUUGGAGAAUAUACACCCAUCACCCCAGCCACUUCCCUUGCCAAUAUCACAUCGGACGCCUUUUUCUACCACAACCAAUACCCCCGUGACUGGGCCAAGUUCCAGCGCUCCGUGGCAGAGAAGAUGCCACUCUUCGAUGAGAUGGUGACCUUCCAUCGCUCUGCAUCUCUGGGCUCGAACAGACACAUGAACCUGUUCUGGGUUGGUGAUCAGGCUACCCUCUGGACCCUCAACGAUGGUAUCAAGUCUGUAGUGACCAUUCAGGGCCAGAUGGGUAUGUCUGGAUACGCUCACAGCCACUCCGACCUAGGCGGCUACACCACUGUCUUCCACCCUCCAACAGUGGCAAACUCAUCCGGUGCUAUCCCCCGUUCCGCUGAGCUUCUUGGACGUUGGGGAGAGCUGGCCGCUGUGUCCAGUGCAGUCUUCCGAUCCCACGAAGGAAAUGUGCCCCAGGCCAACGCCCAGUUCUACACCAACACCUCUACGUACAACUACUAUGCGUACAACGCAAGAAUGUUCAAGAGUUUGGGACCCUACCGUCGUCAGAUCUUAGACACAGAGAGCAAGAACCUCGGCUGGCCAUUGUUGAGAAUGCCGGUUCUCUACCACCCCAACGAUCAAAAGGCGCGGGAAAUCAGCUACCAGAGCUUUUACCUCGGACGGGACUUGUAUGUCGCGCCAGUUUUGGAUCCUGCAACCAAGACGGUGGAGGUCUACCUCCCUGGUGCUGAGAAUGGACGUACCUUUACCCAUGUAUGGUCUGGAAAUACUUACCAUGGCGGACAGACAGUACGUGUUGCAGCGCCUUAUGGUAAGCCUGCAGUUUUUGUUGUUGAUGGCGCACAGAGUCCAGAGUUGAAUGUCUUCCUUGACUUUGUCCGCAAGGAGAAUGGAACUACCAUUCAGGUUUAG